UUGGCAGGCCAUGCCACAUCCUGAUUCGAUCGGUGCCCGGCGACGGUCGAGUUCCAGGCACGCUUGCGCGUCCAUUAUAGAUGCGCAAGCCGCAACAUUCACAGGAACACCGAUACGCUCGCGGCUCGCGUCCGGGUAAAGUCGCGUCUCCGGUUCGUUCUCCUAAUUGUGUUCGCGCUACAAUUCUCUCGACUGGUUAAUACAGCUACAAUUCUCUCGACUAGUUAAUACAGCUACCAAACGUGCGAAUCAAUCGAUGAUCAGAGGAUCAAAGAAACUAGCUCGGAUGAGGUUCACCCUGGAGAACGGAGCCCGACCUCGAGUUCACCGAGUUGAACGGAUAGAUCAGAACUAGAGGAUUAACAGGUGACAUGUGACAGUUACCGUGCAACCCUGCAUUUCCCGCACCUUUGAAGGACCGCGCGUUUCCUUGCAAAGGUGCUCGCACCGAGGUGACUACAGUGAAGUGGUGAACGCUGGACCAUGGUUUGGUCCCGGUCGACGAAAGGUACCACGGCAACGCCUCGGUCAAUGUUAUGAAUAAACCUUUCUCUAACUCAGUUCCGCUUUUACAUCAUCGGUGCAAUAGUAGAUACGCGAGCUUGUUAACGUGAUUUCAUUUGUUCUCCGGGUGAAUAGUCUACGUCAUUCUUUGGAAACAUCCUGGUUUGAUCUACGUAAUUCUAUAGUCUCACCAAGGAUUGGUUAAACUGUCGUACUACUGGAUAGUUAAUACUGUCGUAGUUCCAUCACAUUCGUUGUCAUAUACAUUUGAAAUACGCUGUUAACACUUUAACCGCCAUGUCGUCCGAAUUGACAGCAUUUUCUCCAACUUAAAAAUUUUCUCGGUGUAUCGAACGAACUGAACGUUAGAUGUAUUAAAUAUAGAAAGAACAGUAGACAAUCGUUACGAAGAAUUUCGACCGUUUAGUUUCUAUUUCAGUAUGAAAAUUAUUUUCAUUGGAGGUUUUGGCUUAUUUGGCAGUGAACGUGUUAAUAGAUUCAACGUCGCUCGAGGAUCGUUAGCCAGUGCAGGAAAGUUUCUCCGUGUACACGAUUCUUUAUGCAUUCAGACUAAAGAUCCUUAAUCAACUCAGCGAGACGUAGGUUGAACAAUCAUUGCACCUAGAGUCUCGUUGGUUCCUCGGCACCCCGUGCAGAUCGUUAGCUUCAAGUACACGGCGCACGGUUUUAGACUAUGGACGAUAAGCGGUGCCCGGGGCGGACGGUCGGCAAUCACGUUUUUGUCGCGGCGCGAGCAUUGAUCGUAAUGAUCCUAUGAAUAAGUUAGAACACUAGAGAAAACCGCAAACGGAAUAUACGAUGCGACGUAUUCGCGUAAUUCCCGUGUCCCUUCGCCGAGGAUGAUCUAACGAUUUCCGGCGGGGGAAUCACAAGAAUGCGAAUAAAACGACCACGCGAUCGGUAAGCGAUCGAGUCUCUGUCCGUUUGCGCGUAGCGUGGCCCGGGAGGUCUCGAGAUGUGCCUCUGGAGCGUACUGAUGGUGCUGCUGCUGCUGAACAGCAGCGGGCAGCAGCCGACCUUCUUCAAGAGCGUGUUCAAAGGGCUGAUCGGAGUGACGCAGAGGACCAGGCCGCAGGUCCACAGCGAAAUAACGGCCGUAUACUAUCACGAGCAGACGAUCGCGGUCGUCGAGAUCGGGAACAACAACGAGCUGAAUAAUUGCAACUUGAUCGAAGUCUACGAGCAAGACGAGGCUAAUGAAAUUUUGAGAAACCUGUCCGCGACGACGAUACCUCAGCAAGUGUCUUUCCGUGAGAUAACGAAGCUUAUGCAGCAAUGCGAGCUGUUGGAUAAAAUACAACAUGACGUCUUGUCGUCCACGAUGAGCAACGCUUUGAGCAGGGGCACACGGGUGAUGAGCAGCUCCUUGUCCCUUCUUUCAGGCAUUCUUCCAGGAACAAAAUGGUGUGGCACAGGGGACAUCGCAGAAAGUUACCACGACUUGGGUCAAGAUGUAGAAAUUGACAGAUGCUGUCGCAGCCAUGAUCUUUGUCCUGUUAAAGUGCGUGCACAACAGACACGAUACAAUCUCACUAAUUACUCCUUGUAUACCAAAUCCCACUGUGUCUGCGACGAGGCACUGUACCGCUGUUUGAAAGCGAGCAAACAUCCGACAGCGAACAUCAUGGGCCACAUUUAUUUCAAUCUAGUGAGGGUGCCCUGUAUAGAAGACAUUUCAAGGGACGACCAUUCUUCCAUAGGAAUACGGCGACAAUUUAUUCCUGCUAAAAUGAAUUAUUGAAACGACUGUAUUGGGUCUCUGAGUCAUGGGCGAACGUAGUUUGUACUGUACAGUGAUAAUUUAAAUAUUUUUGUAUGAAAAUGCAAGCCUUGUGGUCUAGAAAAUAAGGAGGGUGUUUUAACGUUUAUAAUUAGUCAAUAAUAUACAUACGUAUAUGUAAAUACUGUAGUGAAUAUGUUGUAAAGCAUGAUAAACUUGCUCAAACACUUAUGUGUGUAUUCAUUGGUAUAGUAUCUUGCGUUAUGGAAGUAAUCGCUUGUUUUAAAUAUGAUAAAUGGGGUAUAAUAUCUUGUAUAAGUUUUUUAAUAUCCAAACAGUUAUGAUUGUAAAGGUUACCUGAAAAAUUAUUUAUUCUUGUUAAAACGUUGACGUUCAUUGUCUAAUUUAAUAAUAAAUUGUUUAUAAUUACCUAUUAACCAUAAAGUUUCUUUCCUAACGUGUAGGUGUUGGCAUGAGAGUAAUUUGUUUAAAAUCUCGGAAUCUGAGUUGGGAUACUUUGGAUUUUUCAAAAGAAACUUCGCUAAUUGUCCGGACUUUUCGCUAACAGU